CCACACUAUCAGAAAGGUUUGAAACGCAUAGUUAAAGUUGUUGAAUUGAUCCAUUUUGUUUAAAAAUUAAGAAAAUUGCCAAUGUUCUGGACACCAGAGCAUGUGGAGAGCAUGCUGGAUGUGCUCAAGACCUCCACGGAUCGCACGGUCAUUUACAAAUGCCUGGUUAAGCUGCGCACCGAUCUGGUGAAGGACAAGAAUGGCAUUGUUUUAUUUCGCACUGCUGGGGGCGUUCACAUCAUGGUUCGAUUGAUCACAAAGCUGAAUGAAAAGAUAAUGGAAGUGGUCUUAAGCAUACUGGGAAACUGCUGCACCGAUGAACAGGCCUGCAUUGAGGCCGUUGAAUGCAAAGUGAUUCCCCCGCUGGUGACCAUUCUGAAGACCAUACCCAAUCCUGUGAUUCAAUGCCGCGCCUGCCGAAUGCUGGGAAAUCUGGCCAAAAGCAAGAAGGCAUCUCAGUAUCUCAACGUUCACUACGCGGCCAUUGCCCCGGCCAUCUGCCACAUAAUCGAGUCCACCAGCGCGGUGCAGACCCGGAUCAUGGCCUUCCGCGUCUGCCGUUUCCUCCUGUCCAGCAGCCAGUUUCUUAAGCACUUCCUGGUGUCCAAUGGAUUCCUGCAGCUGAUGCGCAUUUUCCUGGCCGUGAUGAAGAACAAUGAGGCUCCUAAGGAACCCGUUCCGGAUAUUGAGGUAUCUACCCUUAUUGGACUAAAGCGGAACCAGCACCGCGAGAAGUACUUCGAGGAGGUGGCACGAAAUUUAGAGGGAGUGCGGAGUGACAUCUUCGACUACCAGAUGCUAAAAAACUCCACGCGGAACUGUGACUAUGCUCUGCCAACGGAAAACGAGACGGCUGUGGAGCUGGCUCUUGAGAUUUUAAAGUGCCUGGUGCUGAUCUCAGCUCAGCAGAUUGGCAUGAAAGCUUGGGAGUCUAUUUCCCGGAAUACCUCGUUGGCCUCGAUUGUGUGCUUCGUGAAGGAGGACGGCGAUCAACGGGCUUCAGCUUUGAAAAUCCUUUCGAACUUCUGCAAGGAUCCCUGCGCUUUCUACAUGCUGAGCACGGCGGAUGCCAUUGUGGCUGCCUGCGAGAUGCUCAUGGCGGUCAACAUGGCGAAACCUCUUAACGAAAGCGAAAGCCGGCAUUGCAUUAAUAUAAUACUGACCCUAUCGACGGAUGCCUGCAGUCGCUCGAAGAUCCGAAGAUGUGGAGCUCUGCGUAAAUUGGUAGCCAUGAUUAGGGACUCCAACUCACAGAGCGAGCGAUCAUCGCUUUUUCACAUUCUCAACAAUUUCCAAUAUGACAACUUAAGCAUGGAACUGUUGCUAUAUGAGGGCUUGGUGCCCAUGCUGGUGAGGGAAUUAAAUGAUUACCUGACCAGCGAUGAUGAGCAUCACAAACGUCGUCGAGAAGAAAGAUUACAAGGUGGCAAGAAAAGAAAACUGACGGAUCCCACAACCCCAGAGACGCUAAGCAAGUUCUCAAAGACUCACGAGAACUCGGACUUUGACUCGCCGAGCAGUUCGCCCAGGUCUUAUCGCACCACCAGUCCCUGCAGUUCUCGGAGCAUGUCUCCGGUGUGUAAAGAUCUGCUGACAAAUGAUGACGACGACAACUAUUCACCGGCGUGUAGUGAUGAUGACGAUGAUGAAGACGACACCAACGGGGAUACGAGGGAACGCCGCAUAGCCGCCAAUCGAGCUCAGGCAUCGAGUGUUUUGGAUAUAUUGAAGCUAAUCGAUGAAGGUAGCGAGCCCAUAGAUGACCCGCUCUCUGACAAAGAGGAUCUCGAGGAACUCAGCUCGGAUGUACCACCCAAACUAGCCCAGUUCCGAAAUCAAGCAGGCGACACCAUCGACAUUAUAGAGAAUCUAAUUUAUCGCAUUACGCUGAUGGUUAACAAACGAGUGGAGCUGGGAAAGCCCGAGACACUGGAUACUCUGAUAAGAGCUAUAAACUUAUUUGGGGCCAAUAAUAAUUUCUCCAAUGCCCUGACCAAUAUUCUACUGGAAAGCCAGUUCUUUGCCCAGAUCAUCAAGCAUGGAGUAGUCCAUCAGCUUUAUCAACUCACCAAGGUGGAAGAGAUGCGCAAAGAUGGAUUCGCCUUUUUGGAAACGCUUACCAAUGUCGGAGAAUCAAAUUAUGGCAAGGAGGAGCUAGUGCGACUCCUGCGCUGCGAUGAUGUGAACGCCCAGCACAGAGCAGCCAUUUCGGUGGCCUACAUCGUCAAGAGCCAUCGAUUACUCUAUCAAUUCCUGUAUGAUGGCAACGCACUUAACAUGCUUUUUGAUCUAAUGCUGCGAAAGAAAAGCGAUGAUUACUAUGCGGAUGAGGCGGUGGAUGCGGUGACAUCAAUGGCCCGAUAUACACUGGGUAUUGUUUUACCAGAAGCAGAGCCAGCGGAAAGUACGGCUGAUAUUUGUACUCAGAAGCCAUGUCAAUCUGCUCCACUACACGAAAACUGUGACAUGAAAUUUCUGGUUAGUGGCGGGGAAGAUUCCACCCUGACCAUUGGCUUUAAUAAGGAGCUGCUCUGCGAGACCAGCGAGGUAUUCAACAAAAUGCUUAAUAGUGAUUUUCGAGAAGGUCACCAUGGCGAGAUUCAGCUGCAGGAUUAUACGGCCAGUGGAUUGCGCUAUUUUCUGCAUUUAAUUGUGUGCCAGGAGCGGCACCUAACGGAAUCGGAUUACCCUGCCCUGUUGCAGGCCUACGAGAUGUCGCGGGUGUACAUUAUACCCGAGAUGGAGGCCGUACUGCAGCAAAGACUCAUCCAGUUCUUGGACUCUCACAACUGCCUGCGAUUGCUGGAGUGGGCGUUGAAGAACUACCAUGCCGAGCUGACGGGAACCGCCAUCAGUUACUAUCUCUGCUCCUCGCUGCCGGCACAGGAAAAGCUUCAGCUGUUCCGGACGGCAGAGGACUCCACCUAUGCUAGCGAGUGGUUUCAAUUGCUCAACGAUGCGGUAUUCGAGCGGUGCCGCAGCACUGGCUACUAGACACCACCACCCAGUUAUGUUCUGUGAUCGUCUUUGCCGUUUUCCAUUCCCUGGAUUCAGCUCGAUUUAUUUGCCACAGCCCUUAGCCAAGUAUUCCAAUGUGCUACAAUUGUAAAUUUAAUAUGUAUAGACUACGAAUUAACCUAAA